UCUUCCUGUUUUAGAGAAGAAGCAUGGCAGCGAAAAGUGGCAUCAGUGCCGUUGAUAUGGAGAUCACUUGGCUUGGCCAGAUGUCUUGUAUUUGUGCCUAUAAGAACCGAGAGAUGACACAGGGAGCUGACUACAAGGGCAGAGCGAAUCUGUUUAUGUAUGACCUGAAGAAAGGGAAUGUGUCCUUAAGACUGGCGGACUUCAGAGAGACCGAUCUGGGGGUCUACAUGUGCCGGUAUCCAGUAAAAAUGAAACACGGCAGAUAACAGUAAAUGUCGCAGAAGAAGUAUCUGCUAUCCUCGAAGACCAGCAGUUGUUUACAGUGAAUUACCAAAUGGAUGAAACAAGCAACAAGUUGUCAGAGCGUCACGUUGAUUCAGGCAGUCAGCUUGAGGACUACAAGAUUAAAGAGGCAAUGUACCGAUUACAAGAGAGAAGCAGAUGACGAAUUAUCAUCACAGUACAUCAAAUUAGACCCAAGCCAUCCAAACAAGCAGUCUGGGGAUAAUAGCAAGGAAACCAAAAGCAAGGGUAAGGAUUUUUUGAGCCGAACUUCAUAUCACAAUAAACCAAACGAGAGCCAGCACGGGAUGGAGGUCUUAGACAAGAACUUUCAGCUUGUUGUUCCCAGUACAUCAGAAGAACCAGAGGUUUCUUUGGGGUCUGAUUUGAUCGUUCCUUGUUUCCUGUCUCCUGAGAUCAGUGCGCUUGACCUUGAGAUAAGCUGGUCUACCGAUACAGCCUGUGUUUGUGUGUAUAAGGACAAGCAGGUGAUAGAAGGGGUUUUGUUCAAGGACAGAGCGAGUCUGUUCACUCACAAGCUUAGGGAAGGAAAUGUGUCCUUACGACUGAAAAACUUCAGGCCAUCAGAUAUAGGAAAUUACCAUUGUCAGGUCAGCGGCAAAGACCGAAGAGAGAGGAUAACAGUAAGAGUGAGGAUAAAUCCUAGUGUCCAGUCUAUGAGUCAGUCACCAAUAUUUCCAGAUGGAAAUGAGGAUAAAAACGCCAACCAAAGAGAACCAAACAAAAAAUUAUCAAGGUGUGCUUCACAUCACAGUGAUUCAGAUGAAAAACAACAUGGGUUAGAAUUACAGCAGAAGCGUCUCUGAUCAUUUUCAGCUUGUUAUUCCUCAAACAGCUCAAGAAGCACAGAUUUCUAUGGGGUCUGAAAUCACUGUUCCCUGUCACUUGUCUCCUGAAGUCUGUGCCAGUGCCAUGCAGAUCAAAUGGUUUAAGGAGACAGACUGCGU